AUGAGCGACCCUGAUCGCCGUGCUGACGCACAGGCUGGCUUGACCGAGCCCGCGUGGAUUAAGGAUGUGCGCAGUGCGGUUGUCGAGCCCACUCGUCAUUACGACCAUCUUGGUCUUUUUCUCGGCUUUAUCCCCAACUUGGAGUGGCUGCAGCUCCGUGAGAAUAACCCGCAGGCAUCCUGGCCGGACCUCGUGGAAGAGUGGUACGAGAUGUUCGGAGUGAAGUUUGACCCGCGUCGUGGCGACCACCCGUCACGGGUCAUUUCAGACACCGCCUUAGCGGGCUGGGCUCCCCACGCCCUGGACAUUACCAAGCGCUGCGACAUCUGCCACAGGAUCGUGGAGCUUCAGGAUGGGCUCGGGGGCCUACCGGUCUUCCCAGAGAUGAGCAGAGUGAUUGGUGACUUUUUCACUCCGGCGUUCGAAAAGAUGGCCCCGCCUACUGAGGUUCGUGGACACUUUGUCAUCAUUCGUGACUCUACCUUGACGCUCUGCCAGCAUCAGAGCCGGCGAGCCACCUACAAGACAACCUUUGAGGCACCGUUGUCCCAGGCCGUCCAGCUCGACCCCCGCCUCCGCGAGAUAGCCAACACCAUUGAGGAGCUCAUCGACGACAACCCGGUCGUGAAGUUCCCCGACGGCCUCGACAUUAUCGUUUCCUGGGCGGGAACGAUGUCUACGGACCGAGUACAUUGGCCUGCAAAGCAAAAGGCCAGAGUGCAGCGGUCGCUGGACCGAAUCAUCGCCGCGGCUCAGCACGAAUGCGUCAACUCUGUGACCUUCGUCGGUGGCCCAGAAAAUUCCCUCACGUUCAUGUUGCCCAAGGCAUAUGACGAGGCGAUGUCCGAGCACUUUACCGCCAUUGCUGCAGCCGGGCUUAAUGAUGUCGACCCAAUGCCCCUCCUCUCCAAGGUUGACAAGUUCGACGACUACCGUAUGGCGUACACGGACCAGAAUCUCAACGUGUGCACCAACUGGUACAGAGCCCUCUGCAGCGACGUCCUAACGGACCGCCUUAUCAAAGUCAGGAAGUGCGAAUUCGCGGAGAAUUCUCGAGCCAGAAUUUUCGAGAAGCACUUCCGGGGGGCAACAGCCCAGCCCAACAUUCCGCUGCCUCCAAUCUCCGGUCUCAUCAGAGACCCGAUUGGGGUGAGCAGCUUCGGCUGGAAAGAGGAGACGACGAAGAGAUUGUGA